AUCAUAAAAACAAACGUUGACAUGUCGACACGUCUAGCGGAUCCGAUCUAGCAUUUACUCUUUGGUGCCUCUAGACAUUCUCUCCAAGGUAACGUAAACGCUAGCUUUGUGGAACAUGGCUGUCAAUGGCUACAGCGCUGUGUGAGAAGUGCCACGCAGUUACUAUUCUGUCAAACCUGUCUGAAUGCAAUACGCUAGUUAAAAUAGUUAAUGUUAACCUCAACCUUUCUUUAGUUUAAGUAGCUAAAUCACUAACGCUAGCAUGUUUACUGACGAAGCCGUGGAUUCAGUGAGUAUCCAGUCUCUUUGGAGGAUAUCUCAGCAGUCGGCGCAGGAGUCGAGAGGCUGUCAGACCAGAGUGGUGCACAGUGCUGAGGCAGAGGUCCAAACUGUGUUGGCUACCAUCAGCUGUACCCAGACAGAGCCACAGUAUCAGACGAAAGAGCCACUUUUCCAGCAAAACCAUGAUGAGUCAGAGCCGCCUGGCCUAAAGGACUUCCUACAGCGGGCCGAGGACACGGUCAUCAGAGAGUUGAUCAGAAAUGCCAAGAGUCACGCCUUUGAUGAGUUCCAGGUGAACUGGGAAGAUCACAGUCAGCUAGUUUCAUGCCUCCAUUGCCUUCAACAUCCCGGCGCACAAGAGCGAGAUCUUCAUGUAACCAGUGUGUCUUGGAGUUGUACAGGUUCAGUUAUUGCCUGUGCCUACGGUCGGAUUGACGAUGGAGACUGGAGCACUGAGAGGUCUUGUGUUUGUACGUGGAACUUGGACCGCCGAGGCCUGAAUCCCAAACAAGCUGAUCUGGUCAUAGAUGUUCCCACUGCAGUCACCGCUCUGUGCUGUCACCCCAACCAGCCCGCUCUCAUCGCAGGGGGUCUGUACAGUGGAGAGGUGGUGGUCUGGGACACCAGUCGGACUCCGGACCCUUUGCUGGUCCAAACUGGGAUGUCAGCAGACAGCCACAAAGAGCCGGUUUAUCAGGUUGCCUGGGUGCCCCUGCAGAAGAAAGGAGAGUUUGGGGUGCUUAGUGCUAGUUCAGGAGGAAGGGUGCUGCUGUGGAUGGUGGACUUAGACCAGGGCAGGUUAGUCCUGAAUGCUGCCUACGCCCUAGUACCACAGCAGGUUCCCCACCGCAGCAACACUAGCUUCAAGGCCCGAGGCAGCAGCAGCACUGUGGGUAUCACCUCCCUGGCUCUGUCUCCCUGGGACUCUGACACCUUCUUAGUGGGUUCCGAGGGCGGCUUGUUGCUUAGAUGCUCCUUCAACUCCCAGAUGACGGCUGCUGUGUCCUUUGAAGGCCAGAGUGUAACACUGAAAGCCCCAGCGGUCUUCCCAUUUAGGCCCUGCAGCGGCCCCGUCCACUCCAUACACUGCUCCCCUUUCCACAGGAACCUUUUUGUGAGUGCAGGGACUGAUGGUCUGGCCCACCUCCACUCUCUGCUGCAGGCCAACCCACUACUCUCUCUCAGGGUUUCAGACUCCUACGUGUUUCAGGUGCAGUGGUCUCCAACCAGACCGCUCGUGUUUGCAGCAGCCACGGGACAAGGUGAUGUGCAGAUAUUCGACCUGGGCCACAGGUCCCUGAGGCCAUCAGCCACCAUCGAGCAGGGAGGUGUGGACCAAGCUGCAACUUGUUUGGCCUUCAACUGCCAGAACACUCACCUCUUGGCAGUGGGGAAAACAGAUGGGACAGUUGGCGUUUGGCAGCUGAGCCACGAUUUGACGGAGCAGCGCCAUAGAGAGAGCAGCCAGCUGGAGCAGAUAGCCAAUCAGGUGGCAGAAUGAGACCUGUUAACCAGUUAAAGGCAGCUGCAUUGGACUUAUUUUUAAGAAACAACUCAUUAAAACACAUAAAAGACGACGAAGUGAAAUAAAAACAACAGAGCAGAGGUUUCCAGUUCUAACCAGUAGCGUUUAUUAAAGCACACUGCAGUUGUAAAGAUGUUGUCAACAUUGUUACUAUUAGGUUCUUAAAUUUAAAAGCACAAGCUAAAACAACCACAUUCAAAAUUAACAGAUCCACUAUGCUAUCAUGAGAAGCACAAAGAGUUAAGGGUAGAGCAAGAUAAA